AUGGGCGUCCAAGUUGCCGGACAAGCCGGGUCUGAACAGGUGAAAAUGGACAGUUUUGUCCCUCUUCCCGAGUCUGAUGGCACACUUUUAUCACAUCACGCCCUGCCGGACUGGCCAAAGAUGCCUGCUCAGUCGGUAGAUCCGAGGAAGCCCGAGGCAGCUGAACUCUUUCUCUCACGUCGAGGGUCAACAAUUUCCUGUUUCUGCUCGACUUUUCACCUCCGAUCCGUUUGCCCGCCAAAGCAGCAGUCUCCAGGUCGGAUACUGCCGGGUUCUGGAGACAAACUCACCAAUCAGGUGGGUCCUGAACACCUGAGCCCAGCAGGAUCGGCGAAUCCACUGCUUCGAGUCGGUACUAACGAGGGCCCACUGAGAUUGGCUCGAAGUGAAGAGCGAACCCAAUCAUUUCUGUAG